AACGACCUCUACGUCAUGUCGGGCUGGCUGCCCGAGACGAUCCCGCUCCGCACGGGCCUCCGGAGCGAGGCGGCGUGGCAGCGCAUCCGGAACGGCUUCUCUCUCGGUCAUUGCGUCUUGACGGUCGGUACGGGCAAGGUCGUCGAGGAGGGCUCGUCGUCGCUCGGGCUCGUCUCGUCGCACGACUACGCCGUCAUCGAUGUGCGCGAGGAGCGCGGCGUGCGGCAGCUCGUCAUCGUUAACCCGUGGCGGGCCGUCUCGGGCAACGACAGCUGGACGUCGGGCCUGCGAGAAGCACGCGACGGCGCAGAAGGACCUCAACCCCUCGUCGUCGACUGGGAGUCGCUCCCGGCGCACUUUGCCGCCCUGCACGUCAACUGGGACCCGGCGACGUUCGACAACAGCGCAACAGCACAUCUCUCUGCACCGACCUCGACCGCCGCUUCGGCCUCCUCUUCUGCCGCAUCAAGACACCGACACGUCAAGCGCAUCCGCCUCGAGGUCGAGCCCGACCCGGCACUGCCGUCCGAGGUCUGGCUCUUUCUCGCCCGACACUCGACCGCGCCGCUCGAGAAGGGCGAGUACAUCGGCCUCGGCGUCGCAAGGAGCUCGAUGUCUCUUACGGGCUCGGACGACGCCUUGCGGCUCGAUGACUCGGCGUCCAUGCACGACAACCUCAACGACCUGUACCGCUUUCUGCCCGAGCCCGGCGCGACCUCAUUCGACCUCGUCGUCUCGCACGAGGGACGUGCGCCCAACUUUCGCUUCACGCUGUCGGCCUACAGCAACAGCCGCGUCAAGUUUCUCGAGCCGCCAGCACCGCUUCCUCACGCCGUCAAGACUACGGGCUCUUGGACGACGGCGACCGCCGGCGGCAACCACACCUGCCCGACGUUCCUGCACAACCCGCAGUACUGCGUCACGAUCAAGUCGUCGUCGGGCGCCGCAGGAGGAAAGGCGACGCUCGAGGUCGUCGGCGAGACGGACAAGGACUCGCCCAUCAACGUCAAGCUCCUCUUUCGAGGUGGCGCUCGAAUCGCAGAGUUCGAGGGUCGUGACGUGGUCGGCGGAGGGUCAACUUACGCUCACGGGCGCGCUUCGUUCUCGGUUCGCGACGUCGCUCCCGGCUCCUACACCCUCGUUGUCUCGUCCUUCCAGCCUCGCCACCUCGCCGACUUUUCCCUCGUCCUGCGCUCGAGCCUGCCCGUCGAGCUCGCCCCGGUACCGCCAGAGGGUGCAGGUAUGUACGCGCGGCAGGCCAGGGGCGCUUGGUCGGACGGCUGCGACGGCGGCAAGGACGCGUUGAGGCGGAACCCGAGGUUCGCGCUUCGAGUGACGAGGGCGACGAGCGUCAAGGUCCGGCUGCAGACGCCCGCAGGCCCUCGCCCGAUCGCCGUUUCCCUCUUUUCCGCCUCUCGAACCGGCGAGCCUCUGCAGCAGGUCGCCUCGUCUGGCGCCUACUCGGACGCCGUCUGCGGCGUCGUCCUGCCCCUCACUCGCCUCGAGCCCACUGAGCAUGGCUACCUCGUCGUCCCCUCGACUUUCCAGCCCGGCGUGCACGCCGAGUUCUCGAUCUCUCUGUACGCCGAUGCGCCCGUCACGCUCGCGAGGGUCGAGUAGCAACUGCUCGGAUCGUCGAGACGAGGGGAGGAACGAGAUCAUGUUGCACCAG